CUCAGAACUGUCGGUUACCAAUCUUCCUUCUUUGCCAUCAAACAUUGACCAACGAAGCAAUUAAACCUUCACGCUUGAAGUAUCACUUUGUUGCAAAGCAUUCUCACAAGAAGGACAAGCCGUUAUCACACUUUUUGCAACUGAGCUCCUCUUUCAAAGAGCAAACACAAACAUUCAACACGCUGCUCCAGGAAACUAGUAAACGGGACAAUGACGGGUUGAUUGCAUUGCUUGUUGCAAAGUCUGGGAAGUCUCACACAAUUGGAGAAACAUUACUUUGCCUGGUUAUCAAAGAGGUUUUGUCAACCGUUAUGCACGAAUAACCCAAUAACAUUAUGAAGAAGAUCCCAUUUAGUAUUAACAUGGUUUCUCAACACAUUGAUGAAAUGGCUAACGGUGUCAAACAUCAGCUCAUUAAUAUCCUCCAGCAUUCUGAAUUUUCUAUACAAGUGGAUGAGUCAAUUGUUGUGGACAAUCAGUAUUUGAUGAUGGUAUAUGUUCGAUAUUUCAGUGAAGACCUUCAGCCAUUAACCAGCUUGGAAGAAGACCGUCGCAGAGAGGGAAGACCUUCAAAAUUGGAUGAAGAUAUUUUGAAGGCAAAAACCGAAGAAAACUCAAAUAUCACGACUGAAGAACUUGCAGAAGAGUUGAAAGUUUCUAAAAGUACUACUCAUGAGCACUUAGUGAAGCUAGGAUACAUUUCUUGCUAUAAUGUAUGGGUCCCUCACAAACUCUCAGAAAAGAAUUGCUUGGACCGGUAUUCCGUUUGCGGUGUGCUUUUGAAACAGAAUGAAAGCAUGCCUGUUUUGAAACAACUUGUGACUGAAGAUGAAAAAUGGACUGUGUACGAAUGCAUGGUGUGGAAAAGGGUCUCCCAAAACAAUAACCAAAGAUGA